AUGGAAAAUACGCCGUAUACCAUAUACAAAGUGCGCCCCGAAUGGCUGCAGUUCCCCGGCGAUUUGUUAAGGGCAGUGGUGGGCGGGCCCUAUGGCAGUUGUAAUAACUAUUUCCAGCUGCAUUUCAAUAAGAACUGGGAUGUAAUAGCUUCAGGCAGCAAAGGAGGGGAUCCGCAGGAAGAUCAGCAACCAGGCGGUGGCGGAGGAUCGGAGCCACAGGAGGACGAAGGCAGCGAGUCCCUGACGUCGGCAAUGGCCAUCGAGGGCUUUGUGCAAGGUGCCCCCGAGGAUUAUACAGUUCAGUCUCAAACUGCAGUUGAUGAAGGCGAACGCAUCAAGCGGAUCGUGGAUGCCGGAGACCUGGAGCAGCUGGCCGAGAUUGUGCUGAAUGGCGAGGGCGGCAGCCUGGUGGGCCUGAAGUCCCAGGAACCGGAAAUACAGGCCUUCCUCAACAACGUGCCCAGCUACAUGGAGAAAAUACAUCGCGUGCACGACGCGGCACGUGACGGAGGUUUGCUGGCACUGCAGCAGGCUCUGGAUCGCCGGAAGUUUGCCAUUGCCAAGAACGACAUAUCGCCCAACGGCUCCACGCCGCUGCACGUGGCCGUCCUCUUCGGCCACACGGAUAUCGUUCGCUACCUGGCGUCGCGUUUUCCGGAGACCAUGACCAUUACGGAUAAUGACGGGCGAACGGCGCUUCACUACGCGGCCACAAUUAAGGACAACGGCCACUUCUACAACAUGCUCUUGCAGCUGGGCGCCAAUCCGAAAGCACUGGACAAGGUGAGUGAGCCUAGGGACCGAAGUCUUCGCUGUUACUCUGAAAAUAUUCUGGGCCACUCGGCCGAGUUUUACCUGGACAAGGAGAAGGCGAAGAACAUUCUCAACUACACGGAGCUGCUCAACAUUUUCGGGGCGGAGGAGCUGGAGAACCAGUUGCUCAACGACCAGGGUAAGGAAAACAUGGGGCCGUGA